CCGAUCCCACCGGCCAGUUUCACGACGCCACCGCUGCCGCGGUGCAUGCUGGUACUUGUAGUCAUCCGGCCGCUCCAGCCGCCCGCAGUGCCUGUACGUCGGACGAUUUUUGGCAAUUUUUGGUUAGUGUGGAGCUAUCGUGCCAUGGGAGGAUUCACCUGCUGCGUUCCUGGGUGCUACAACAACAGCACAAGGGACAAAGGCUUCGGAUUCUACGUGUUUCCUAAAGAGCGAAAGCUACGAGAGACGUGGAUCCAACGGAUUAACAGGGCCGGACGGAACGGCAGGUUCUCGAAGUUUACUCCAACCACAGGACAUAGAGUUUGCAGUGCCCACUUCGAAGGAGGGAAAAAGACUUACAUGAACCGUGUGCCCACAAUAUUCCCUUUGAGACAGCAAAAGGUGGAGAAGAGGCGACCGUUGAGAAGAACAAAGCCUGAAGUUGUCAGGAGCUCAACUGUGCCACCUGGAUCUGAGCAAGAGGUCUCUGCCAUCGCUAGCAGUGACAGCGAUGAUCCUUUGCAGCAGGAAGUGCAUCUACACCUGGACCAUGCAUACAGCAGCCAACAGUUAAGUUAUGAUGAGCUUGUCGAGCAAGUUGCUAAACAAAAGCACAUCAUAACUGAACUCCUGGAGCAAGCUGAAGCAGCAAAUGCGACAGUGGCAGAGCUUAACAACCUGCUUAAACGAAGUCAGCAGGACCACGCCGAAACAAAAAAGCUGUGUGACCGUCUUCAGCAGAAGAACAGGUGCUUAAGACUUCAGUUAUCAGCAAUGCAGGAAAAAGUUAGACGUUGCAAGACUGAAGCUGCACAGAACAUGGAUAUCACAUAUGAGGCCCUUGUAAAAGACGAGAAAAAGCUACGGUAUUACACUGGCUUCACAUCCAGCAAGCGCUUGGACACUUUUUGGUCCCUUCUAGAGCCAGAUGCAAAAAGGCUGUGCUUCUGGCAGAUGAAAGAAACGGCCAGUGAAGACAGAAACUUCAUCCUGCCUUUGAAGACCCAGCUCGUGCUGGUCUUGAUGAGACUGAAGCUUGGUCUUGAUGGCCUUGACCUUGCAUACAGGUUUGGUGUGUCUAAAACAACUGUUUCAAGGAUCUGGGUAACAUGGCUGGAUUUUUUGGACAACAGGCUUUGUCAGGUCCCAACUUGGAUGUCUCCGCAACUGUGCGACAAGUACCGGCCAAAAGCCUUCAUUGACAAGGGCUACACUACCGUUGAUGGCAUCCUCGACUGUACAGAAAUUUUCAUUGAGACCCCUUCGUCAUUCCGGGUGCAGAGUGAAACCUAUUCCUCUUACAAAAAACAUAAUACCGCGAAAGGAUUAGUUGUGUGCAGCCCAAAUGGCUUUGUCAUGUUUGUGUCCGAUCUUGCUCCUGGAAGACUGUCCGACAAGGCCCUGACAAAGGCUUGCGGUGUGCUGGAAAAGUUCUCACCAGGGCGAAGUGUGAUGGCUGAUAGGGGGUUCACUAUCGAAGAAGAGUGCAAGCAGCAUUCACUGCAUUUGAACAUUCCGCCGUUCCUGGAAGGACGGCCUCAACUGUCCGAAGCAGAUGAGACUGAGACAAGGCUCAUUGCAAGUGUGCGCAUACACGUGGAAAGGGUCAUCCGGAAGAUCAAGACCUACAAAAUACUCUCCCAGGUGUUCCCAAACAGCAUGUCUGGACAACUGAACAAAGUGUGGCACAUUUGUGCACUCUUGACUAACUUUGUGGGUGAACCAUUGUUGUGAUAAGGUGUAAAUGAAAUCUUGAUGUUCGCGAUGAUGGGCUGUGCCGGUGUGGUUCAAUACAUCACUACCCCUUUUUAUGAAAUAAAACAAUGUUAGCAUUCCUCCAACAUUCCAGCAUGCUCAAGGCCAUCAGGCAUUACAUAUAAAGUGGCAAGCUUCCCUAGCACAAUAGCUCCCCUUUCUAUAGGUCUACAUGUUUGGAUGUACCAGUGCAUAAUAAAGACUGACUUAUA